AUGGCGCGGAUUGGUGACGGUUUCCGGUCUGCCGGCAGAUACCAGCGGGCUGCAGACCGGUUCAUCAGGCACCUGACUGAUGAUGUCGUUACGCAGAUGCGGAAAGAUAUCUACAAGGUCUUUUUCGGGCUGGCGCCCAAAGGGCAAGACUACUUCAAGCAGUCUUCAACUCGAUUGAACUUCAUCGCAGACAAGGUGCUGGAGAUGUCAUUGGAGAUGUACAAGAGGCCGCGGGGGAUGGUCGAAGAAAUCUCGGCUCUGGGAUUGCGGCACGUCGGGUAUGGCAUUCCCACCGAGCUCUUUGCUCCGUUCAUCGAGGCCUGGAGCCAGGUCCUUCAGAUGAUGUUGGUAGAAGAGAAAGCUGCCAGCUCAUUGCGAUGGUCGCUGACUCUGAUAUCGAAGAUCUUGGUGAGGACCAUCCUAGAGGGCUCCACGAUUGUGAUGAAGGCCAUCAACACGAACAGCGCGAAGCGCUUUCGGAAGGCCAUCGCAAUCUCCGGAAGAUCGCAGCGAGCGAUGGAGAUGCUACGAAUCACAGUCGGAACCCAGUCUAUCUCUCCAUUGGACUGGGCGAUCAAGAGUGGCAGCUUCCAAGUCGCCAGGGCGAUGAUUGACGACUUGCUGACCAUCCGUGGCGACCGCGACAACUACUACUAUGGCUGCGGUGCGCUAUUCGACCGACAUCCCGACAUCUUGAACAUCCUCAGCGCCACACGGGGCCAGGGGCUGCUUCCGGCUCUGCUAAGUGGUCUCCUUUGGCGAUCGAAGGUCACUCAGAACAAGACGAGGCGCGUGAACUACUAUGUCAAGCACUUGAUCCAAGAUCACGAAGGCCUCUUCAAUGCCAAGCAGAUCUCGGUGAUAAUCAAGACCGGGGACCCGAAGCUCAUGCGCCACCCAGUGGUGAGCUUCGUUUUCAACAUGCUCUGGUCACGCCUGGCCAGCAUUGAGUUCCUGAAGAGCAGGGUCCUCUUCAUGAUCCAAGUGGUCAUUUUCGUGCUCGCCCAGAGCAUCCUGCCGCGCGUGGCACCGAAGAGGGAGACGGAAGUACUUCGAAUUCUGCUUUUCUCAUGCCGCUGUUCGAUCUACUUGUUUGACAUGUUCUUCCUUCUCUGCACCCAUAUCAAGUACAUCGUCAAUGACAUCAGAGACCGCUCCUUCAUUUUUGUGCUCGGCAUACCUUGCCCAGCCUACCUGAAAGACCUCGCAUCUGCCGUGCAGCUGGCCAUGGUCAUCGAUCUAGUGUUCAUGUGCGCGCAGGAGCCCAUCUUUCAUUGCUUGGGCAACAUGCAUGGAAUCUACGAGGGCGCAGGUCUUUUCUCGACUCACUGUCCGGAGGCGCAGGGCCAAACCACCGUAUAUUCGGUCUUCUCUCAGAUCGGAGUGUUGCUCCACUGGCUGCUUCUGGUCGACUGCUGUAUUUUCUCUUUGCGUCUGAGCUCCUAUUUCCUCACCUGCUUCUACGUGUUGGCUGAGCUGCUGUACUUCUUGAGUGCCAUUUUAUUCUUGGUUCUGAUGUUCGCUUGCUCCAUUGCCGCGCUGGACACACUGCAAGGCGACUUCAGAAGCAUUCCGGCAGGAGUUCGCACGUUGACGAAGAUAACGCUGGGCAUGUACCCAUCCGAAAAAAUCAUCGAGCUUCACGGUUCCCCUCGCAUCUUGGGGCUGCUGAUCGUGUUCAUUGUUGUCGUCGUGGUCUUCCUUUUAAACAUGCUCAUCGCCCAGCUUGCAGGUGCUUAUCGAAAAGUCUACGGCGACAUGGAAGGCUUCGCACGACUAUUUAGAAGCGGCAUCACCGUCUCCACGGUGCGGAACCUUCGGCCAAAGCGGUGGGCGGCCUUCCUCAAGAGCCUGAAUUUUCAGGAGAGGAUCGAGUUCAACGAGGGGGACAUCGGCCUUGCUGGUGGGAUUCAGGCUGAAACAUACUGGGCGGCAGCGGGUGUACGUAUGUGUAUAUAUAUAUAUGUAUGUAGACAUAUAUCUCGUAUGUAUAUGUAUGUGCACAUGGAAAGGUGA